AUGGCUCAUGAAGUUGGCCCUGUAAUUCAUCAGCCCAGUUAUCCACGGUCCUCAUCCCCAGAAUUAGAGGAAUAUGUGCAAGAACAGGAGGAGGAGGAGGAGGAGGCACUCUCGCUGUGUGACCUUCCUCUCAACGACAUGCCGUCCGUGGAGGCUCGCCGUUCCUCAUUUUCUGAGGCUUCCGAGUUGUUUGAGUUCUUCAACGACGUCGCCCUCGACUUGUGCCCCGCCGACGAUAUCUUUUUCCGCGGUAAACUCGAGCCCAUCAACCACGGACCCCAUUCCGAUUCUCCUUCCGUUGAUCACAAACCCGUUAGAGAAUCCAAUAUUCCGCUCAAUCCACGCCUAAGAUCGGACCCGAUUUCUGGGGUCCGAUUUCAUGUUUCUCGAUCGAACAGUGUGGGAACGUCCAGCAAUUCUCCCCGCUCCGUUAUGAUGAGGAAUAGCAGGUCUCUGGAUUGCCGCAAGCUUCGUCGGUCUUCGAGCUCCGUUGUGUUUAUGGCUCCGGAAGUGGAGCGAAAUUCUUCGACGGUUAAGAGAGCGACGUCGAAGGCGCGGUGGUGUUCUGUGAUGCUGGGGACGGUGAAGCCACCAACGGAGAUGGAGCUCAGCGAUAUGAAGAACCGGCAGGCUCGGCGGAACCCGUCGACGAGGAUGUUCCCGGCGGUGAUUGAAGGAGGAGGGAAGAUGGCGGAGAAUCGGAGCUCGGCUAAGUGUUCUUGGAGGAUACUGAGAGCCCUCACUUGUAGGGAUCGUAGAAGUGUAUCGGUGACGACGUCGUUAGCAGUACCACAAGCCACCUGA